AUGGUUGAAGAGAGAUUGGAUUUUAUCGAGGAAUUUACGAAGACCAGAGAGGAUCUACAGAAACGCUCUUUUUCCAAUGUAGACUGGGACGUGGAUUAUCUACUAAUGAACGAAACGCUACUGCCUUGUAGAAUGGUAUUGACACAAAAAGAGUGUGCUUUUAUGUCCAUGGAUAAUCAAUCAAAAGAAAACAAUGAGAUUUCUGCUGGUGAGGUAUUGCAGCUCCCAAUAUGGCUUGCAAAAGAACUACACUCCAGGGGUUUUGUUGGUAUUAACUAUCCUGAUUUUCUUUCGUCAAAAAUGUCAAAUGCUUUGAAGACUGACCCCUGUAGUGUGGAUUUAAACAAUAUUUCACCUUAUUUCUUUCAAGUUAGUGUAAUCCUACUGAGCAUACUACAAGAUGAAUUGUUUCUCAAAGUAAUUUUGGAAUCUUUUCGAAGUCGCCUUGAAAAGUUGUUUCUGGUCUCAAUCUAUCUGCAUUUUCCAAACUCUUCUGAAUCUUCAAAAAUGAAUAGUGACCAUACAAAGGUAUUUCUUAAAUCUCUUACCUCUAUUGAAAAAGAUAUGUUAGAAGAAUCUUCCAUUAGAUACUUUCAGUCCGCCAAUGCUCUAUAUUGCAGAAGAAUCAAAUAG